AUGACUGCUAAACACUGUAUCGAGCGGACUGAAACCGACGGCGAAGUAACACUGCGAGUUGGAACAUCUGACCGAGAAAGCGGGGGAUAUGUGAUUGGCGUCGAUAAAAUUGUUUCACAUAGCAUCGCCGACAUCGCUGUUUUACACGUGCAGCUGGAGUUCCCUAUGGGACAAAAAGUGCAGGUGGUGACGCUGGGAACAGGGUCUCUAGACAUCGACACAGUGGGGACCGUGGUCGGAUGGGGCUUGAGUGGCGUGCAUCCCAGCCCCAAGAGGAUAGGGAAGACCACAAUGGUUGUGGUGCCACGUGUCGAGUGCUACCCUAGGGGCUUGGAAGAGCAACUGAACACCUUUUACUGUAUGCGCCCUCAACAAGAAGGCACUGGCGCCUGCAGAGGUGACAGUGGAGGGCCGUUUCUCGUCGACAACAUGCAGCACGGCAUCCUCUGGUCGGGAGCCUGCACAGGACAGAUAAGGGAUCGAUUUACGUUCACCAAUCCAGUUAGUUUACGAGAUUGGAUUACCAGUGCCAUAGAUUCAUUCCUGGAAAGUUGA